AUGAAGAACGAUCAAAUCAUCGAAUCCGAAAAUAUUGAACUUUCAAAUAUUAAGCAUCCUUUACAAAAUACGUGGAGUUUUUGGAUGUACACAAAUACAAGCAAAGAUUGGAGUGAGAACCUUGUAGAGGUGAUGACGUUUGACACGGUAGAAGAUUAUUGGAGCAUAUAUCAUCAUGCGAAAACACCUUCGGAGUUACCAAUAGGGCAAGACUAUGCAGUGUUCAAGAAGGGUAUCCGGCCGAUGUGGGAAGACCCCGCCAACGAGCAGGGCGGCCGCUGGCUGCUCACACUUGACAGGAAGCGCGACGCAGAACUUGACAAUAUCUGGCUGUAUCUGGUUCUGAUGCUGAUCGGCGAAAACCUACCACACGGGGAAGAAAUCUGUGGCGUUGUGGUUAAUGUACGACCCAAAUGUAAAGUUGGUGUUUGGGUGACGAACUUAAAACAAAAAUCGGCAAACUUGGAGAUUGGUCAAAAGUUAAAGGAGCAGCUGCCGACAAAUAUAAGGCUUUGUCUACACUCACAUAACUCGAACCAGCAAAUUUAUUCCUUGUAGAACUGUCGAAAUAUGCGGAAUAUUUUAUCAUA